AUGCUGUCUCAUACUCGACCAGCACGCAUCGUCAUCUCUCUGGUGUUUGCUCUCGCGUCGCUGCAAAGCUGUCUUACCCAUGCUGCUUCUGUGGUCACUGGUACACCGCGCGGAUUUGCUUUCGGCACAACGGGAGGAGGCAAUGCUGCACCUGUGUAUCCGACCAGCAUCAGGGAUCUCAAAACCUUCCUGAGUGAUGAGCAGCCGCGAGUUAUUGUUCUCAAACAAGCGUUCAACUUUGUCAAGACCGAGGGGUCCACGACGGAGGAGGGUUGCCGCCCGAUGCACAACCUCAACUGUAUUGCGAAGAAGAGCGGCUUCCGGGGGCAAGACGCCAUUCAGCCAAGCUUUAGCAAGUGUGAUGGCUCAAAAGUGAGCGUCACGUACGACAACGCAGCUAACACCCCACUUCUUGUUGGUAGCAACAAGACGCUAGUGGGCGAUGGCAUGAAAGGUGUGCUGAACGGCAAGGGUCUCAUCAUUAGUGGCAGCAAUGUCAUCGUUCAGAAUAUCCACAUUACGAACUUGAACCCGCACGUCAUAUGGGGCGGUGAUGCCAUCACUAUCCGAGGAGCCUCAACGGAUGUUGUUCCGAAGGGUAUUUGGCUCGACCACAUCAAGGUGUCAAACAUCGGACGUCAGAUGAUCGUGAUAAACUUUUCCGGCGCGACAGGUGUCACGAUCAGCAACUCCGACUUUGAUGGUCGCACCAAAUACUCUACGUCUUGUGACGGGCGGCACUACUGGGGCUUCUUGUUUCUGGGUAAACACACGGAGAUGAGUCUGUUGGGAAACUAUCUGCAUCAGAUUUCAGGGCGCUCACCGAAGGUCGGAGGCAGCGAAACAGAUGCUGUUUUCCUUCAUGCCGCCAACAACUACUUUGAAGACAACUCAGACCACGCCUUCGAUACAACUACGGGUGCAAUCGUCCUAGCGGAAGGCAACUACUUUGACUCUGUCAAGACACCGAUCGCACAUAGCACGAAAGGAAGCUUUUUGGCGCCGAAUGCCGGUGUCGACUGUAAGGCUAAACUCGGCCGCAGUUGCGUGCCGAACGUGCUUACAAAAAGCGGGACGCUCUCCAGCAUUUCAGGAGACGCCGUGGAGACUAAGAUCAGCAACUUGAAGGUGCAUCUCCGUGCGAUUAAGGUGCGCACAGCGGCGAAACUUGCAGUUGCGUCUGGUAAUUUUGGUGUUGGUGCUUUCGACAACGAUAGUUCCGAUCAGACGAGUCCUAUCCAGGAGUCAGUUGAGACGGGUCCCAUCCAGGAGUCAGUUGAGAUGAGUCCUAUCCAGGAGUCAGUUGAGACGAGUCCCAUCGAGAAGUCAGUUGAGAUGAGUCCUAUCCAGGAGUCAGUUGAGACGAGUCCCAUCCAGGAGUCAGUUGAGACGAGUCCCAUUGAGGAGUCAGUGGCGUUGUAG